AUGGGAAAGAAGAAAAUUCGCCUUGUCCAUACGUCCGAUGUCCACCUUGGUGUGGACUGGCGGGCCGACCUGUCAGAAAGAGCCUUCAGCAGAGUAAUAGAAAGUGUUGGCCUGCUUGAAGCCGAUGCCCUCUUGGUGGUCGGAGACGUUUUCGACCAUGCCCGCGUGCCAGACCGGGUGCUUGAGUUCUACUUGGAACAAAUUGGUCGAUUGCAGUGUCCGGUGGUUACGCUGCCGGGAAAUCACGACCUAUACCACGAGGAUUCCCUGUAUCUACGCGAACCCUUUCUGGAUGCGCCCCCCAAUUUUUGCUUGUUUGAGGACUGGGCGGGCCAAACGAUAUCCCUCCCCGAAUUAGGCCUGGACUUGUGGGGUCGGGCUAUGUCCCAGCAUACUCCCGAAUUCAGCCCGCUUGCCGGCAUGCCCAAAGCAGCCCAGGGUCAUUGGCAGGUUGCCUUGGCUCACGGCCAUUUUCACUUCCCCGAAGACAGGGACCAGAGGUCGUCUCCCAUUUGGCCUGAGGAAGUUGCCGACGCCCCUUGCGACUAUUUGGCAUUGGGCCACUGGGAACGGCACGUUGAGGUGUCUCAAAGAGAUACGGUAGCAUUCUACUCGGGCUCACCUUUGGGAGCGUCGCCGGACGAUGAACAUAUUUCGGUCAACCUGGCCGAAUUGGACCCGGAGACCGGGGUUAACGUCAGGCAAGUGUUCCUGUCCCUGGAUGACGACCCGGGCGUACAUCCUAUCAAUGCGAGCGAAAUAGCUGCGGGAGGCGUCAGAUGA